GAUGCCCCACUUCCGGUGAGGGCUGUGCGCGGUGGUUCGGUGGCUGUCGUGAUGGCGGAGGAGGGGGAGGGGGAGGCUGCGAGCUGCCCGUCCGUGGUGGAGCGGUACUUCACCCGCUGGUACAAGACAGAUGUUAAAGGAAAACCUUGUGAAGAUCACUGUGUCUUACAACAUUCUAACAGGUUGUGUGUCAUCACACUGGCAGAAUCUCAUCCUCUCUUACAAAGUGGGAGAAAAAUUCAAAGUAUAAACUACCAAAUCAGUGCCAACUGCAGCCGACUUCAGAACAAGGUCACUGGGAAAUCAAAACGGGGUGGACAGUUUCUCACUGAGCUUGCCCCAUUGUGCAGGAUAAAAUGUACAGAUGGUGAAGAGUAUACAAUAUACAGUUGUAUCAGAGGACGGUUGUUGGAAGUAAAUGAAAACAUACUCCAGGAGCCCAGCCUUCUACAAGAAAAGCCCUCCACAGAAGGAUACAUUGCUGUUGUAUUACCCAAAUUCGAAGAAAGCAAAAGUAUUACCCAAGCACUGAUCACCCGGGAACAGUAUCAAGAAAUUACUGUAAAAAGAACCAGAACGGCAGAACAAUCCUGAAACCAUUCACUGCUGGAUACUGCUUCUCGCCAAACAAAAGAUCUGAAGUAAUUGGUAAAACUGUCUAUUUUAAAGAG